GACUCGGUUUUGACUCAUUCAAGGGAAAAGUAAACGCGAUUACGAUCGUCGAAAGCUCCGGAGCGAUCAACAGGAUCUGGCAGACGGAAACGUUGAUUCAGAAUGGAGAGACCGAGAAUGGUAUCCUGGGUAGACUCCGAGUCUACCCGAGCGGGCACGUCGAACGGUUGCUGAGGUUCGAGGGAGUCCGUCUACCUUGCUACGUUGAUAAUCCCAUCGUUUAUCCGUUCCACGACACGCGAUGUGUGCUGAGAAUUGGAAGCAUGGCCCACAUCAAAGAGGAGGUAUCAUACGUUUGGAACUCUACGUAUGGAGUACGGAUAGAUGAGGCGGUCCGUCCGCAAAACAUCUACCUAUCGAAAAUCGCUCUCCGAGCAGCCAACGUACUGAUGCCAGCAAGGAUCGAACACUCCUUCAUCGAAGCCACAUUCAACUUCAAGUCGAACCGAUUCGACCUACUCUGUCGAUUUCUGGUUCCCUGCGUGUUUUGCGUCUCGCUCGCCUUCUUUUCAUUCCUCGAGCUUCUCCGAACGCGAUGCUUCACAAUAAUCUGGAUGGCGACUAUAAUGCUUUCGGUGUCGGUCUUUACGUGGCCGCCUGCGAUUUGCGCUUUCCAGCUUGCAUCGCUAUUAGCCAUCGUAUCCUACUCGUACAUCGUAGCGACGAUGUUCGUCAGCUUAUGCGGCCCUAAUGCCGAGGAAGAGGAAAACCCACCGAGAGAGAGAUGUCCUGUCAAGGAGCUACUGUCUACAGUCGUCACCGAAGGCUCACCGAACAGUGACAUGAUCGUACGGAUUGCUCUAUCGGUCUCGUACUUCCUUUUCGUGGUAUUCUACUUGAUUCUCAUCAACAAAACUGCUUAAUCUCAUAAUUCAUAAUAAAGAUUUGAGUUAUACAUAUGAAAA